AAUUCCUCUGGGGUCGUAAAACUCAUCAGUCUCAAUGUGUCCUGUAACAGGACACCGGGGUUCUGCCAGUGUGUUAGCUUCAUUUGGGAUGUUAGUUUUUGGGGGAAGUUUCAUAGACCUUUGUUGGGAGAGUGAGUUUGCUGUGUUAUUCAUUAAAUAUAAUGAAUAAUUUGUGUGUCUGAUUGGUCCAGACACUACAUAAACUUUAUCAGCAAAAAUUGAAAUGACCAAAUUAACAUGAGAGUAAAAAAUUUAAGACAUUUCUCCUUAGAAACUUUUUGGCAUAAAGGGUUCUUAAAAUUGAGUCAAGAACCCUUGAGUUCUAUAUCCCUUUUUCGAUGAGCAGCAUCUCUGACUCUUGAAUGUUGUUUCAGAGGCCAAUAUCUUCCAGAUCCAGACCCCAGUCCAAGUGUGACGGUCACUUUCACAGAUCACCUGACCAACCUGAAGCUCAGUGUCUUACAGAAGAUGCAGGACAAUGUUGGUAAAGCUUCAGACUUCAACAUCGAACGCAAGCAAGGAAAAGAAAAAGAAAUUAGACCAGCAUUUGAUUCCAGUUGGAGGAAGCAAGAAAAAGAAAAAGAAAUUAGACCAGCAUUUGAUUCCAGGUGGAGAAAGCAAGAAAAAGAAAUUAGACCAGCAUUUGAUUCCAGUUGGAGGAAGCAAGAAAAAGAAAAAGAAAUUAGACCAGCAUUUGAUUCCAGUUGGAGGAAGCAAGAAAAAGAAAAAGAAAUUAGACCAGCAUUUGAUUCCAGGUGGAGGAAGCAAUAAAAAGAAAAAGAAAUUAGACCAGCAUUUGAUUCCAGUUGGAGGAAGCAAGAAAAAGAAAAAGAAAUUAGACCAGCAUUUGAUUCCAGUUGGAGGAAGCAAGAAAAAGAAAAAGAAAUUAGACCAGCAUUUGAUUCCAGUUGGAGGAAGCAAGAAAAAGAAAAAGAAAUUAGACCAGCAUUUGAUUCCAGGUGGAGGAAGCAAUAAAAAGAAAAAGAAAUUAGACCAGCAUUUGAUUCCAGUUGGAGGAAGCAAGAAAAAGAAAAAGAAAUUAGACCAGCAUUUGAUUCCAGGUGGAGAAAGCAAGAAAAAGAAAUUAGACCAGCAUUUGAUUCCAGUUGGAGGAAGCAAGAAAAAGAAAAAGAAAUUAGACCAGCAUUUGAUUCCAGUUGGAGGAAGCAAGAAAAAGAAAAAGAAAUUAGACCAGCAUUUGAUUCCAGGUGGAGGAAGCAAUAAAAAGAAAAAGAAAUUAGACCAGCAUUUGAUUCCAGGUGGGGGAAGCAAGAAAAAUAAAUUAGACUAGAAUUUGAUUCCAGGU